UGAAGUCCUCUGCGCCUUCUGACCGGGUGAAGAUGGUCAACGUCUUGAAAGGAGUGCUUAUAGAAUGUGACCCGGCCAUGAAGCAGUUCCUGCUGUACUUGGAUGAAUCCAAUGCCCUAGGGAAGAAGUUCAUCAUCCAAGACAUUGAUGACACACAUGUCUUCGUGAUAGCCGAGUUGGUUAAUGUCCUCCAGGAGCGAGUGGGGGAAUUAAUGGACCAAAACACUUUUUCUCUAACCCAGAAGUGAAAGUAUUAGAUAAUGACCACAGAGGAAUUGUCAGCAGCA